AUGAAGCAAUUCCUUUCCGUGUUUGCCGUGGGCGCUGCGCUGGCGCAGACCGCCUCGGCUCACUACAUCUUCAGCAAGCUGGUGAUCAAUGGUGAAGCAUCGAGUGACUGGCAGUAUAUCCGUCAGACUACUCGAAGCAAGAACUACAUGCCCACCAAGUUUACGAAUACUUUCGACAAUCUGACGCCCAAUGACCCCGAUUUCCGCUGUAAUUUGGGCUCUUUCUCGAAUGCUGCCAAAACUGAGGUCGCUGAGGUCGCAGCUGGCGACACAAUUGCCAUGAAGCUGUUUUACGAUACUUCUAUCGCGCAUCCUGGACCCGGCCAAGUCUUCAUGUCUAAGGCACCCUCCGGCAACGUUCAGGAGUAUGAAGGUGACGGCGAAUGGUUCAAGAUUUGGGAAAAGACCCUUUGCAACGAACAAGGGGACCUUACCAAGGACGCCUGGUGUACCUAUGGUAUGUCAGAACUCGAGUUCCAGAUUCCUGCCAACACUCCGGCUGGCGAGUACCUCGUUCGUGCUGAGCACAUUGGUCUCCAUGGUGCGCAAGCCAAUGAGGCAGAAUUCUUUUACAGCUGUGCUCAAGUCAAGGUCACUGGCUCCGGCAACGGCUCCCCGAGCUUGACUUAUAAGAUCCCUGGACUUUACGAUGAUUCUAUGAAGCUCUUCAAUGGCCUGAACCUUUGGGUCAACACGGCCGAUGAAAUUGAGGUUGACAUUUCGAACACACCUAUCGGUGAUGAUGUUUGGAACGGCAGUGGAUCUUCCACAUCCACUUCGAGCUCCGCCGCUCCCUCUACAGCUAACAGCUCGAUCAAAUCCAGCUGCAGCCUCUAG